GAGUUUCUCAGUCAUCUUUUGAGAGUUUCAAUCUUUGGUUUUUGUUUAGGAGCCAAAAUGGUUAAGAUCGCUUUCGGUAGCAUCGGUGAUUCUUUCAGCGUUGGGUCUCUCAAGGCUUAUUUAGCCGAAUUCAUUGCCACUUUGGUUUUUGUCUUUGCUGGUGUUGGAUCGGCUAUUGCGUAUGGGAAGCUGACGGUGGAUGCAGCACUAGACCCACAAGGUCUUGUAGCCGUAGCGGUGGCUCAUGCAUUUGCCCUAUUUGUUGGAGUAGCCAUUGCAGCCAACAUCUCAGGUGGCCAUUUGAAUCCAGCCGUCACCUUUGGGUUGGCUGUUGGAGGAAACAUCACCAUCUUAACUGGCCUUUUCUAUUGGAUUGCUCAAUGUCUCGGCUCCAUUGUCGCUUGUCUCCUCCUUCAGUUUGUCACCAACGGAUUGAGCGUACCGACCCACGGCGUUGCUGCAGGAAUGAACGCAGUCGAAGGCCUUGUGAUGGAAAUUGUGGUAACAUUUGCCUUGGUCUACACGGUCUACGCUACGGCAGCUGACCCCAAAAAGGGUUCACUUGGAACUAUUGCACCCAUUGCAAUUGGUUUCAUCGUGGGUGCCAAUAUCUUAGCCGCUGGUCCAUUCAGUGGUGGUUCAAUGAACCCAGCACGUUCUUUUGGACCAGCUGUGGUCAGUGGGAACUUUGCUGAUAACUGGAUCUACUGGGUUGGUCCAUUAAUUGGUGGAGGAUUAGCUGGACUGAUUUAUGGUGACAUUUUCAUUGGCUCAUAUUCACCAGCCCCAGCUUCUGAAGACUAUGCUUAAAUUUGUUUAUGGUUUUUGCACUUGUCUUAAAUGCUUUGA